CGUACAUUUCGAUCGUCGUCUUCAAGGGACUCUCAUGCCAAAUAGAAAACCUUUCGUUUCCUCCGAAUCUCUCGCGCAUUCGAUUCCAUGGCCAAAUCCUCAAAUUCCAAAUCCAAACCUCACUUUUUCCUCUGCUGUUUUGGAUUUUCCGACAAGCUUCGCCGCUUUAAGCCCCCCAAGUCCCCCGCCGGUCACCGUAAACGUCCGUUUUCUUGGUUUAGGAACUCAAAGCCGCCUACGCCCGUUCAUUCCUCUUUUCCUUCCCAUACGAACCCGUCCGUUACUAAUUCCGACCGGCUCUCCUCGGUUUCUAUUGCUCCGACCGCCACUAGUAAGUCGUCGAAUGAAGAUUUAGCCGUCGCUGUGCCGGUGGCGACAAAACGAACCGGCCAGGAGGUGAUCAUCGGCCCUCACGAGGUGAAAAAUGACAUUGUUGCAGAAAAAACCAUCCAUGAGAGUUGUGAACAUUCAAACUUGCCAAACAAAUUCAUUGAUCAAAGUCAAUCAAGGUUCUCAUUAACCAAAAAACUCGAGUCCUUUAGAUUAGUCCGAUUCACUCAAACCGCCUCACCAAAAAAGAAUCCGAAAUCGACCAACCUACAAAGACCCACCAUAUCACACUCUUUAUCAUUUCCGCCACCGAAACCAGCCCCAUUAAACAAAGUUAGCGAACCAUCAAGAAGCAAACAGUUUGGUUCAAUGUCAGCAAACAGAAAAUCGAGUCAACGGUAUCGAUCGGCAGUGGCGAUGUCGGUUUUGAUGAUGACAUUGGCAAUGAUGGUACUUUGGGGAAGAAUUUGUGCGAUAUUGUGUACGGCAACUUGGAUUUUUGUUGUAACGAGUUUGAGGUCAAUCGUUGAAGAAUAUGAUAGAAUUGAUUUUGUUGAAUCUGAUUCAUAUUCUGAAGGGUUUAAGAAGAAAUUAGUGGUUUUAAAAGGGUUUAUGUGUAGAAAUCAUAAAUAGAAAACCUUUUGAAGGAAUUAUAGAGAAAUGGGCAUUAUUGAAAUGAUUUAUCUUUUUUUUUUUUUUUAAAUUUUUGUAUAGAAAUCAUAAUUAGAGGUUAAAAUUUGCUGUUUUAACCUAUAAUUUGAGUAUGAUAAUGUGGGGUUAGGGUAAUGUAUUUAUUGAUUAAUUUUACUUUUUGGGUUGGGUGGCAGUUUGGAAUGAGAGAGCUUAGGUUGAAUGGCAUAUGUGUAUUGUAAUUCAAUUCUAAGUUAAUGUUAAUAUGAAAAGAAGCCAAGUUGUUAAA